CGGGGUAUCAACAACCUUUAACCCAUCAUUCCUCCGUUCUUUCUUCACACACUGAAAUAUUUACGUCCAACAGUCAAGAUGUGGGAAGAAAGAGAACACGUACAGGCGAUAGCCAACAGAUCAGCUGAUCGGUUCUCCCACUACACUGACGAAGUCAAAGACAGCAUCAGCCAGUUCGACCAUGACAACCAAGGCAAGGCGAUUAACUGGAAUGUAAGACUGGACAAGGAGAUCGAGACAUUGGAAAGCAGCCUCAACCGUCAGUGUCUGCAGAAUUUCCGCAUGUCGUGGUAUGAAUACGAGCGCCGGUCGGAUAUUGACGAGGAGACUGAAGCGCUGGUCAAGCCGCACGUUGACAAGGUCGACGCCAAGUUUUGCGAAUAUAGGGACAAGACGGUUGAGUCGCUGAAGAGGAGACGCAGGGAGGGGUUUUCUGGGGGGUGGGAUGUUCAGGCUUGGUAUGAAGAGUACAAGCGCUAUUUGGAUGAUCUUCAGGAGUAUAUUGCUCAUAUGAAUGAUGAUGUGAACGAUGAGUCUGAUUAGAGCUUCUGCGCUUGGAAUGGUUGCCAUAUAUUCUUUUAUGGCAGACUUGAUAUCUCUAUUGGAAAUACAAGCUGCAGAAUGAGGAGCUGUGGAAUUAACUCCGUUAUCUGCUCCGCCAAAAAUACCGCCAGACCGAAAGGACAAUCCUAGUCAUCUUUCAUGGUCAUAAUGGCGCAUUUAUAGUCUUCAACGACAUUCGAUGAACAUUGCGUAGAUGACCUAUGGUCAAUUAAAAACAGAUUAUGAUCUUAUUGGUUAUAUAAAUGGGUGCAUUAUAUUCG